AUGAAGACGCCAAUAUCACUGCAAGCACUGCUCGGCAGGCAUGUCAGCCAAGCUAGUCAGACCUCUUGGACAGCACCGGCCCUCCUACGAGCCGCCAAACCCGUUCAGAGAGCUUCGGCGUCAUCGCCCCUCGCACGAUCGCUGCACACUCGCUUUGCCUCGCCCGCUGCCUGCCCGAAGCAAAGUCCAGUGAGGGGUGCUCGUUCGCUACACACUAGCUAUCGAUCGCCCAGUGAGGUCCUCAAGCGGAUCACCCGUCAAGGCAGCAGACGAUCUUACCAGGGUGCAGCGGCGAGUCUGCCGGGACUGAACCAGCAGCAGAAGUAUACUCAGUAUGGCAUCACGGCAGGUGUCAUCGUCGCCGGUGCCACCGCUCUGCAGAUGUUCAUGAACAGAGAGCAGAGGGACAGUCUCAGUCCGGUAGAGGCCAAGCAUCUCAAUGCCACGUUCCAAUACCUCGGAGCAGGCUUGGCCGUCGUCGUCGCCACAGCUGUAGGCUUGCACAAGUCAGGCACGACAUAUAGGCUCAUGGCCCUCAACCCGCUCGUCUUCGCCGGUGUCUCGCUCGUUGGCUCGAUCGGAUCGAUGAUGCUCAUCCAUCGUAUUCCCGCCGAGGAGACAGGCAAGAAGCACCUCGCUUGGCUAGCCUUCAACGGCUUCCAGGCCAUGACCCUCGCUCCUCUUGCAUUCCUCCAGCCUGCCAUCCUCUUCAAGGCUGGACUCUACACUGCUGGCGUCAUCGGCUCGCUAUCCUACGUCGGUGCAACGGCCAAGAACGACACCUACCUGAUGAUGGGCGGUCCCCUUCUGGCCGGUCUCACCGUCGUCGCUCUCUCCAGCUUGGCGCCCCUCGUCUUGCCCGCCACAGCCAUCAGAACAGUCUCGAUUGCACAGAAUAUCUCCCUCUACGGCGGCCUGGCAGUCUUUGGCGGCAUGACUCUCUACGAUGUUCAGAAGAUUCUGGCGCAUGGUCGCAUGGCAGCAGCAGGUCAGAUCCAAGCCGAUCCCAUGGCCGACUCGAUCGGUAUCCAGCUCGACACGAUCAAUAUCUUCAUUCGGAUUGUUCAGCUGCUCAUGAUGCAGCAGAACAGACGCAAGUGA